AUGUCGGACAAGCCGGAGAGCAGCAAGACUCAACUCGAAGAGGAUAUCAUCGAUCCAUUGUUCCAGAAGGAUUUCUUGUCACAGUUGCCACAGGAGGUUGCAUAUCGCAUCAUCGCCUAUUUGACACCGUGCGAUUUGACGUCUGGUCGUAUCGUUAUUGGUUACUAUCAUGAUUGUACGUUGCGGAUUUGGAAUGUUGAUGAUGCUCAACUGGCUUUCACUCUAACUGGCCAUAUGGAUGAUGUUUUGACGUCUGAAGUGAGCGAUGAUGGUAAAUAUAUUGUCAGUGGCUCGUCUGAUCAAACCGUGCGCGUUUGGUGUGGUCAAACCGGUGUACAGCGUCAUGUUUUGCAGGGUCAUACGGGUACUGUUCGGUGCAUGAGUCUACAUGGCACAACUCUUGUUUCUGGAUCGGUCGAUGCAACGCUCCGAGUCUGGGACAUUGUCGACGGGAAAUGCCUUCACAUUUUCACUGACCACUUGGAGGCUGUUCGCUGUGUGCAAUUUGAUGGAAUUCGGGUGGUGUCUGGUGCUGCUGAUUUUGCUGUAAAGAUUUGGAAUGUGCAAACGGGGGAGUGUUUGCACACGCUGACGGGUCACACCGAUUGGAUCGAUUCACUUUUGUUUGAGCCAGAGCGCGAUCUUGUCGUCUCGAGAAGUCAUGAUGCAACGAUUCGCGUCUGGGAUAUACGAGGAGGAACAUGCAUCGCAAUUCCUAUCAGUCAAGAAUCAGUCAAUUUCUAUCACAUGCAACUUCGCAGAAACAGUUUGGUCGCCUGCUAUACCUGCUCGGACGUUGGGGUUUGGGACAUUCGUGACGGUGGUUCGUGCAUUCACCAUUUACAUUUACAAGGCGUAAAUGGUCACGCGUUGAACAUCACUUCAUUGCAACUGCUCGACUCGGGACUUUUGGUGACAAGUUCUAACGAUGGCUCGGUCAAGCUGUGGGAUGUGGAUAAAGGUAAG